AUGUCUGAGGAGUACGACGUUCUUAUUUGCGGCAGCGGCUCGGCCGGUCUUUGCGCAGCAGUCUGGUUGGCCCGAUGCGGCAUCAACUUCAAAAUCCUCGAGCGCCGCGAGGGUCCUCUUAAGCAAGGUCAAGCAGACGGUGUUCAAGUCCGUACGGUGGAAAUCCUCGAACACCUCGGUCUCUCUGAGGAUGUGCUGAAGGAAGCCUACCACGUUCUCGAGCUUGCAUUCUGGUCGCCUGACGGCAAUGGCGGAAUCCGCAGGUCACAUCUCGAGCCGGACACCGAGCCUGGACUCAGCCAUCUGCCCCAUGUCAUUCUUAAUCAGGCGCGUAUCAACGAGAUCUUGAUCGAAGGUAUUGUGAAGUCAUCUGGUCAGUCGCACAUCCAAUACGGGAGUGAGAUACGUGAGGUCCUUGUCGAUAGCAAGGCUGCUGGAGAUCCCGAGGCCCGUUGCGUAACUGUGAAGACCAUGGAGAAUGGCGUUGAGCGAACAUAUCAUGCCAAGUAUGCUUUGGGUUGCGAUGGAGCCCAUAGUGCCGUGAGAAAGUCCCUCGGCUUCAAGAUGGUGGGCGACAGCAGUGACGUGGUUUGGGCUGUCAUGGACAUUUACCCCAAAACUGACUUUCCCGAUAUCCGUAAAAAGAGCGUCAUCCAAUCCGAUGCAGGAAAUUUGGUCAUUAUACCAAGAGAGGGCGAUGAAAUGGUCAGGUUCUAUAUGGAAAUGCCGGUCUCGACACCAGGCGAAGUCACAUCUCAGAGAGUCAAGGAGCGCAUCGAUGACAUCUUCAAGCCCUACCAAGUUGAUAUCGCCGAGACAUCAUGGUUCUCUGCCUACUCUAUCGGACAACGCCUAGCGGACCACUUCACCAAGGACCAUCGAGUCUUCCUCACUGGCGACGCUUGCCACACACAUUCGCCCAAAGCUGGACAAGGAAUGAACGUCAGUUUACAAGAUGGAUACAACAUUGGGUGGAAACUUGCUGCGGUCCUACGAAAACACGCUCAUCCAUCGAUAUUGGAGACGUAUGUCUCCGAACGUCACCAGACCGCCAAGGGCCUCAUCGAUUUCGACACACAAUUUGCAAAGAUGUUCUCCUCGACGUACCGGAAAGAGAAUGGCUACACCACUGAAGAUUUCCAAGAUUAUUUCAUAAAAUCGGGGAGAUACACCGCUGGUUUAGCCACGCAGUACCAGCCGUCGAUGCUUGUGAGGCCUGGUGACAAUGAUAACCUGGCAUCUGGUAUCAGCGUGGGAAUGAGGUUCCAAAGCGCGCAAGUAGUUCGGUACUCCGACGCUAAAGCAAUGCAGCUUUCGCAUGCUCUUCUUUCAGACUCGAGGUGGUCUUUAGUUGUCUUUCCUGGCAAUGCCUUGGAGUCUCAAGCAGAGAAACGUCUGUCCCAGGUUGCAGAAGCGCUCGAAGGAUUGAUGAAACGCCUGCCAGUCCUUGAGAACGAUAUUCAUAGUUUCUUAAGCCUGAUUCUGGUACUCAAAUCUGACCGACGAAAUUUGGAAGAUAAGCAGAUACCUCGACUGUUCACGCCCAACGGAGGCAGGUGGGGAGUUAAAUGUCUUCAAAAUGUUUUCGUCGAUGAUGCCAGUUACCACGCGGGCCACGGAGAAGCAUAUGCGAAGUAUGGCGUUAAUCCAGAGGUUGGUGCGAUGGUGCUCGUCCGACCAGACCAGUGUAAGCCCCGUUAA